UGAGGCUGAUUCUGCUAAUGGAUUGAUGCGAAUUCAGACGCGGGCUGUGCUGAGAGGAUCUCACAGCCAUACUGACAGAUCGACUUCGCAUUCACCCAGCUCCAUCCUCAUCUCUCUCUGCUUCCAACGACCAUGUCGCGUUACCCUGACGCUGACGAGGCUCAACACCAUGGCUACAACGAUGGCUACAAUCCUUACACGUCCCAGUACGACCCGCAGCACUUCGGCGCUCACGACCCAUUUGCCACUCCGCAGCCGCAAGUGCAGGAUCCAUAUGCCACCCACUUUGCCUCUUCGCCACCUCCUGUACCGCCCUUCCCCCCGAGUCCUCCACCUCCACCCGGUCAAGGCUUUGACCCCUACGGACACCCCAGCCAAUAUGGCGCGGGCAGCCCGCCGCCGCAUCCGAUGUACCCGCCGAUAGAUCCGUACCAGCAAGCGAUUCACAGUCCGCCGCCGCUGCCGCAGGGAACACAUGACUACCUCGCUACGCCUUUCCAGGCGCCGCAGCCGACGAGUACCCCAUUCAACGAGGAAUACAACAGGCCUGCCUACCCGGUGGAUGAUAUCCACGAGCAAGGCGAAGAAGAGCACGGGGACAUUCCUCUUUUGCGCCGUGACCCCUCGUCGGACUCGGGGUUCAAUAUGCCCAUCCCAGGGGAUUACCAGGGCGACGACGCGGCCUCGGCGCACAAUAUUCGUUACGGACAUAUUCCGCAACGAGUGCCCCGUCGAUACAAGACCAUCAAGCGUGUCGAGCUGUUCCAUGGCAAUUUCGUGCUGGACUCUCCUGUACCCAAGAAGCUAUUGGACAUGUGUGCCAACCGCACCGAGCGCGAGUUCUCGUACAUGCGGUACAGCGCAGCGACAUCUGAUCCCAACGACUUCAAAGAUGAUGGAUUCACGCUGCGGCAGGUGCAUUACGACCCACCACGGAGGACAGAGUUGUUCAUCGUGAUGACCAUGUACAACGAAGAUGAAGAGCUCUUUUGCCGCACGAUGCACGGCGUCAUCAAGAACGUUGCACACCUUUGCAAACGCGACCGUUCAAAGACAUGGGGAAAGGACGGUUGGAAGAAGGUCGUUGUGUGCAUUGUCUCCGACGGUCGUGGCAAGAUCAACAGUCGCACACUCAGUGUCAUCGCAACCAUGGGAUGCUACCAGGAGGGUAUCGCGAAGAACAUGGUCAGCGGCAAACCGGUGACCGCACACAUCUACGAGUACACUACCCAGAUCAGUGUCACGCCGAACCUCCAAAUCCACGGUCCUGAGAAAGGCACCGUGCCGGUGCAGAUCAUCUUCUGCCUGAAGGAAAAGAAUCAGAAGAAGAUCAACUCGCACCGAUGGUUCUUCAAUGCGUUUGGGCCUCUUCUGCAGCCCAACGUCUGUGUGCUGCUCGAUGUGGGAACCCAGCCGGGGCCGACGUCCAUCUACCAUCUGUGGAAAGCGUUCGACAUCAACUCGAAUGUUGGCGGCGCCUGCGGUGAAAUCGUUGCGCUCAAAGGCGAGUGCCUUCGCAAAUACGGUGCCAAUUUGAUCAACCCUCUCGUCGCGGCGCAGAAUUUUGAGUACAAAAUGAGUAACAUCUUGGACAAGCCGUUAGAGUCGGUCUUUGGAUAUAUCACGGUGCUUCCCGGUGCAUUCAGUGCGUACCGGUACAUUGCGCUGCAGAACGAUGCAAGAGGUGAAGGACCACUGCAGAAGUACUUCUUGGGUGAGAAGAUGCAUGGUGCGGGUGCAGAUAUCUUCACCGCCAACAUGUAUCUGGCGGAGGAUCGUAUCCUCUGCUGGGAACUGGUGUCGAAACGGGGCGGAUCGUGGAUCCUCCACUACGUCAAAUCAGCCUACGCCGUGACCGAUGUGCCCGAUCAAGUGCCAGAGCUGAUCUCCCAGCGUCGGCGUUGGCUGAACGGCUCGUUCUUCGCGGCCGUGCACAGUACCGUGCACUUCCACUACAUCUACCGGUCGUCGCACACGUUGAUCCGCAAGUUCUGGUUCCACGUGGAGAUCCUGUACCAGUUCUUCAACCUGAUUUUCGCGUGGUUCGCGCUGGCGAACUACUACAUCGCGUUCACGAUCUUGACGAAGGCUGUGGAGGACCCGACGUUCAAGCUGAAUGGCAUCCACGUCGUGAAUGUCAUCCUCGAGUACUUUUAUCUCGGGCUGCUGAUCAUGUGCUUCAUCCUUUCGCUUGGAAAUCGACCGCAGGGAUCCAAGUGGGGAUACACGCUGGCGUUUAUUGGCUUUGGUAUCAUCACUAUCUACAUGACCUCUGCUGCUGUGUUGUUGGUCUACAAGGGUAUAUCUCAGUUGAUCAGUGAGAAGGGCGGGGCUUUAUCCCUGGGCGACUUUUUCUCCAACCCGAUCUUCCGGAACAUCGUCGUCUCGCUAUUGGCCACAUACGGCCUGUACGUCAUUGCUUCAGUCAUCUUUUUCGAGCCGUGGCACAUGAUCACGUCGUUCAUCCAAUACCUCCUGAUGGCGCCUUCGUACAUCGCCGUGCUGAACGUGUACGCGUUUGCGAACGUGCACGACGUGUCGUGGGGCACGAAAGGCGACAACAAAGUGAGCACGGAUCUCGGAUCGGUGUCGGCCGGCAAGGGCGACAAGAAGAACGAGGUCGAGGCGGUCGUCCCCACGAACGAGAACGACAUCAACGCUGCAUACGAGGACGCGAUCCAUGUUCUCAACACCAAGGCGCCCAAGGCGGAAUCGAAACCGGAUGCGGCGACGCAGCAGGAGGAUUAUUACCGCUCUUUCCGAACAAAUGUUUGUGUGCAAUUCCAUGCUCGCGUUGUCGUGUUGACGCUUUUCUUUUCUUUUUUAGGUCCUAUUAGCAUGGACAUUGAGCAAUGUGAGUUGCGUUUCAGCGCGUUCGGGUGUCUUGCUGAUAUAUUGCAGGGAUUACUUGCUGCAGCCGUCGCAACUGCGAGUGGCAAAACCGACACAACGUCUGCGCACGAGGUCAACGGCUACAUGGCCUUCUUGCUGUUCUCGGUUGCGGGACUUGCAUUUGUCCGCUUCGUCGGUUCGACAUUGUAUAUGGUCAUCAGGUUGUUCGCCGGGGAGUAGAGAGAUGUCGUGUUGUAUCACACUGCCAGUAUUUAAACAAUCUGUCUACUGAUCCAGUCAGGACAGUCGCUCGCUACCACACACACACAUAUUUUCAUAUCUUGUUUCACGCACGCUAUACCGUAGAUACCAUCAAAACUUGCCGCGCAGUCUCCCCAGGACGAGAUGGCGCGCGACCAACAU